CAUAAUUCACAGAGACGAACAAAAAGCUCCUGAUAGCUUCUUAAAACCAUUAAGUCAUAAAUAACUCCGCAAUAAUUAUCUUGAGACCUUUUUGAAACAUAUUUGUUAUACUCCUGCGCUUUUCUAUUUCACUGUCUCACAUACUCGUAAAUGUAUUAUUGAGCUGUUAUAAGGAUGUGUUCUCAUAGAGACCCACGAGGAGCAUGUCACUGAUCCUGUUUGCCUUUGUGGUCCGGGUCAGGGAUGGACUCCCUCUCUCGGCCUCCACUGAUUUCCUGCAUAACAAGGAACUUCAGGAGAGAAAGCAACAGCUGAAAGUGAUCUCAAAAUCCCUGAGUUCAUUACCAGAGAGAGGGACAGUCAAGGGCCAUGAGCUCAACAUUCACUUCCUCUCAUCCGAGGGUGUGUCCUACAUGACCGUAUGUGCAUGCAGUCUCCCUGCCGCCACGGCCUUCUGCUUCUUGGAAGACUUGCGCUGGGAAUUCACAGCAUGCUUUGACAACUCUGCAGUGGCCCUGGCAAGCAGGCCGUACCCAUUUCUGGAGUUUGAUGGUGCCAUUCAAAAACUUCAGCAGCAUUAUAACAAGAAAGGGGGUCCAUCUCUGGAGGUCACCCUGGCCGAGGUUCAGGAAGACCUCAGGACCAGCCCCCCUCAGGUUCUCACCAUGGAGGAUGUGGCGCUCACCAACGGAGCAGCCAAUGGGCAUGUAGAACAAACAGCUGCAUCAGGUCAAAGUCAGAGAUUGGAACCAGUCUCAGCACCAGGGAUCCUUUCUCUGAUUCUUAACAUCAUGUGUGCUGCCCUCAACCUUAUACGCGGUGUCCAUCUUAUUGAAAACACCUUCCAGGAUGAUUAUGAUGGUUUGUGGAGUGUGGUGGCGUUUCUUUUUGCAUUUCUCUGCUGUGUUUGCCAGUGUCAUCUGUACUUGUUCCACACCUGCCAGAAGAAGCUGAAAUCCUUUACUCUCCUGACUAUCAUCAUUUUAUGCAAUGCUUUUCUCUUUGGUCUGAGGAACAUCUGGCAGCUGGUCUUCCACAUGUCCGUGGCCUGCCUCUCCACGCUGCUCACCCUCCAACGCAAACUGCUGGACAGACACAUGGACUGUGGAGUAUGAGGACUUCAUCUGGAUGUGGACAACAGUAGGGUGAGAGACCAAAAAAUGGACGAGACUCCGUGUGAUGUAACGGCUCACGAAAAUUUAGAUUGGUUUUUGCUUUAGCUUUUGCUUUGAUCUAAUGUUAUGAUCAAGUGAUUGUCUUGUCACAUGGAUAGUGAGUGCAAUGGUUUUUCUACAGGGGUCUUCAAUUCCAUUGAUGCAUAUCAGAAAUACAUUUUUUAAUGACAAAUUGUGAAUGUAAUAUGGAUGAAUUGAACCAAUUUUGUUGGUUUAAAAGAUAAUAACACUGGGUUUAAGUUCAUUUUAUUUUAUUUAUUUGCUGCAAAAUUUGUUGUUUAAGCUAAUUUAAUAUGGUAAUCUUUGUUUACUUUUCUGUAUGAAGGUUUUUGUUAUAAAGCUAUAAAUGGACAUAAAUUGCAUAUAACUGACUGAAAGUGGGUAGAAUGGUAUUAACUUUGGGUGAUUGAUGGUCAUGUUUAAAUAUCAGGCAUUUUAGAUUAUGAAGGAUAUUUAUUCAGUAACUAUUUCAGUUCUUUUCAACUUGAUCUUUUGGUUUUAUUUUGGGCAGUGUCGGUUAGUAAGUAAUGGUCUACUCCACAACACCUUUUUUUUUUUUUUUUUUUUUGGAUUAUAUUAGUACUACAAAUUGUAUACAAAGCACAUUCAUGUCUUUCAACUCGUCUUAUGCCAUUUUUUCCACACAAGAUAAUUUUGUCUAGCCUAUCUUUCCCUAAUACUCAUCCCAAAGAAUAUAAAUGAGAAAUUAUCAAAAUACAACAUUUAUGUAUCCAGUAGGUAAGAUGUAGAGGUGAUAAAGGAUUGCAGGAAAUUGCAUUUGUUGAUCUCCAUAUCCAUUUUCUUAACAAUUUUUUUUUUUGUCAACAUACAUCAAUGAUGAUUGACACCGCUUAGUUUACAUAUUAAUGUAAUUAAUUUGCUCUAUUAUUCUUCAUGAUAUCAAGCCAAAAACAACUAGUUUAUUUUGCAGCAGACAGUAUUAUAGUAGGUUUGAGUAAACUUGAGAUUAAGUUCAGUUUGUUUACAUUAAUCUUUCAUCAGUUCAGUGUAUUUUAAAAUAAUAAGGAAGCAUCGUAUCGCGUUAUACUGACACAUUGCAUUUUUUAUACCGUAUUUUCCGGACUAUAAGUUGCACUUUGUUUCAUAGUUUGGCUGGUCCUGCGACUUAUAGUCAGGUGCAACUUAUUUAUCAAAAUUAAUUUGACAUGAACCAAUAGAAAACAUU